UCCCGAAGUCCCCCGUCUCGAGCCGACGAGUUCGCCGUCGGAUUCUCGCAAAAGCGGCGGCGCCGCCGACGAGGACGAGGGACAGGGGGAGCAGUAGCAGGCGAGGCGCGGCGCGGCGCGGGUUUAGAUGGAGGGCGGCGAGCAGGAGGAGUCGUCGGCGCAGCGGCGGGAGCGCCUCCUCGCGCUCCGCUCCUCCGCCGCAGCAGCCCCCUCGCCGUCGGCCGCACCGCAUCCGCCGCCACCUGCGGCGGACGCGUGGGAUCUCCCGGUGCGCGACCUGAUGGACGCCUCCGCCACCACCACCGCCGCGGCCCCACGCCCGCCUCCGCGGUUCGACUACUACACCAACCCCGCCGCCGCCUUCGCCUCCUCGUCGGCUGCUUCCCACAAGCGCAAGGUCGCGGAGCCCCCGCCUCCGGGAUCAGGGAACUAUGGAAGCGGUUAUCCUCCUCCACACCAGCACCAUAUGGCCCCACCACCAAUUCACACUCCAUCCCGAUUGUCCCAUGAUUCACCAGGGGGCAGUCCUUGGCGAAGUCCUAUGCAGUUCCAGGCUCCGAUGUCAGGAUACCGAGGACCUCCUCCUGGCGCUCCACCACCAUGGAGCCCACAUUCUGGCGUUCCACCACCAUGGAAUCCACAUUCUGCUCCUCCAUCUCAAGGCCUUUAUCCACAUCCACCUAGCUAUGGACCCAGAAACUAUAAUCCUGGCCAAGGAGGCGGCCGAAUGAACUAUGGACCCAGAGGUAGACCAGACUCACCUUAUGGAAGAGGGAGGGGCCAAAACAACUACAACAACCCAGGAUCAAGGGGAAGAGGGGGAAGGGAUGGCUCAGGCACUCAAAACUAUUCUGGAUGGCAAGAUGGAAGAGUUCGCUACCACAAAAGCAUGACUGAUGACCCAUGGCGGGAUUUGCAACCUAUUGUUGGCAACAUAAUGAUACCCAGGGAUGGAUCCAAGUCCUGGCUUCCAGAAUCACUGCGUGCAAAGAAGGAUACAUCUGACCGAGGCCAAGUCAAGCCUCCAUCAGGAUUGAGCUUGGCAGAGUACCUUGACUUGUCUUUCAACGAGGCUUCUAAUGAUACGUAGACCUUUGUAUUGUUAAAAAUGCUGUUGUUCUCGGUAGAGUUUUGUGCCCGCUGUGUUUCACUUUGAACGUGGUUCGUUUCUCAUUUUCAUUGCUUCCAUUGGCCUAGGUAGUACACACUUACAUCAGGGGUUACAAUGUCCUGGUGUCCAUUUACUAGCACUGUUUAUGAAAUUACCCUCAUGAUGUGGUAACAUUUUUACGGUUAUUUGAGGCACUAAUACAUGUAGGAAAAAUGAUAAACGGUAGUAUAAUUUAUAAUUUUAUGGCUUGAGGUGUGGAUACG